GAAUGUUGUCAGUAAGUAGCAGCACGGUGGUACCAGCCCCAGACUCCCUGGCCCAGAUGUUAGUGCAGGCCCUGACCGCCCAAGAUCAUGCUCUGCUCGAGGAGGUUUUGCAUUACAAGAAAUCAGUGACAGUCGAGAAAACACUCGGCAGGUUACCCUUAUCCCAUGUUAUACCUCUUAUUCUAGCUAUUACAGAAAAGAUAGAAUCUAAGCCGAGCAGAGGAGGAGAGCUGAACAUCUGGCUCCGACAGCUGUUUGUAACUCACAGAUCCUACCUUAUUUCCAGUCCAGAUGUAGCGGCCAAGUUACAACCACUUUACAAACUCAUUGAUAUGCAGUUAAAUAACUAUCCUAAACUUACCAAAUUACAGGGUAAACUAGAGCUGCUCCUCCAAGAGAAAAAGAGCGACGAGGAGGUAACAGCUCCUUUAUCGCCGGUAUCUUUAAAAGAAGAAGAAGAGGAGGAUGUUAUUGACUCUGAUGAUUCUGAUGAUAUGUCGGACUAGAGGGUUACAUCUUUUAAGUGUGAUGGGUUAAUUUAUUUGUUUUGAUAUUUUUAACUAUAUGAGAUAUUAUUAAACGGCUAUGAAGUACUAUAAUCUAAUAUAAUACGAUUGAUCAGUUGUUUCAAAUUUCUGCUCUAUGAACGACGUUUCGAGAGAUAAGCUUCUAGGCCGGAACAAGAUUUAUAAUAUUAUCUCAGUAUCAUAUUUUUAACUUUACCAAACUGAUAACGUUUUGUGAACA